UGACUAAAAUUCACCUCUAAUACAUGGAUGUGCCAAGUCAGAGGUAGACCGAGCUGUAUGUAUUUUUUAGUCAUCGCAUUCAGAAAGAGAUCUAGUCAUUAACAAUGCUAAUGUAAUACUUUAAGAUUCUAUUUGUAAAGGUAAUAAAGAUCAUGAGGAACUUUAUAGAUUCAUAUUUGGACCUGUAAACAACAAAAAUCCCCAACCCUAUAAAGAUACCACAUUAACAGCCAAGCAGGAUGGAUACUUCUGGUUCCUGUGGAUCAAUUUUAGAUUUCUGUGAGCGUGUCAGGGAUGUAAUGGACACACAACUGCCAGAAGACAUGCCUGAAUGAAGUCCUUCAGAAGAAGCAGUGCUUUUCUGUACAAAAAAUCUCCUCAUGUCAUAAAGCCAUUUAAAUCACUCAGGACCAGAAAGUUACAAGGAAUUUCAUAGUCAUAAACAAGACAAAAAAACAGACAAUAUAACAAUCAUUGAAAUUCAGCACAGUUGGAAAGCAGUUUUUAGUCACCCAUGAUGCAGAGUGUUACAUCAACUGUAUCAAGAGCAGAAAGAGAUCCCAGCAGAAACAGGCGACUCAACUGAGAUUACAGCGUCUCGUGUUUCUAUGAUUUCCACUAAUGACAUGUUAGAUUGCAAAGCAGACAGGAGGGGAGUACUACAAAGAAUAUUGUUAACAAGAGCUCCAAGUGAAAUCAGUACAAGAUAAUGCUUUGCUUGCAGGGGUGGGGCUCAUGCACAUCCUUCUCAGGCACCUGGUGUUACGUAUGUACUGGCAGAGACAAGAUUAGAUUGGAUGAAUCUCCAUCCUGAUCCAGUUUGGCAAGUUGUACACGCUUAUGCUUCUGUUGCAUUUUAGAAAGUAGUGCAGGUUUGGACUUGGUUAAUUCCAAGUGAACGAAUGAUGAUUCUUACUGAAUCCUUACAGUGAAGCAGGGAAUUCACUCAGUUGUUUCGUGGAUCUUCUGCACGUGCUGGUAAACAUACUAAUGCCGAUGUUAAUGACAUUGAAGUUUCAGAAGUUGAAAGCAGGGUGCUGCUGGUCUAGUUGCAAUUGCAGUUUUACAAACAGUGGUACAUAUCACAAGUAUAACGUGUGUUAAAUCUGUGAACAAAUAACAUUGACAGCCAGCAACUAUUCAGUAAAAUGAACUGGAACUUUAUCUUUCUGGAGACAGAAACAUGUAAGUAACAUCUAUUUGAAAAGCAUACUAAAGAGCCACCAUUAAAGCAAACUCACAAGACAAAGUAAGUGAAAACAGUACUGAAUUUACACUUCCCAGUUCAGAUUUAAAAAUAAAGCAAAACCUAUUUUUCCGAAGUGCCUGAUUUUUUCUGAAGAAUCCUGGGACAACACCUCUGGAAGACCCAUAUAAUAGAGCCACCUGUCAUCAUGUCUGAAGAACAGCAUGCUUCUCCAUUUCCUGACAUAGAAGAUAUUGCUAUCAACAAGAAGUGUUGCAGGGAAGGCAGGCAAUCAGUAAUAGCAGAGAUAAUUGCAUACACACCUCCAACUUCAGUUACACUGAGUGCAUGGAAGAAAACAGUCGUUCAAAACAUUGGUGUUAUGACUAUUUAACACCAAAAUAUAAGGAACACAAAUACUCGUAGGUAUACUUUGGAAAUAUCUAUCAACACACUUCAAAGUGCUUGCAUAGAAACAUGCAAACUGCUGGCUGCUUAUAGCAAAUAGACAAAUGGGUCUCAACUCAGCAGCACAUAGCAGGCGGGUUGAAACUAGAUGAUCAUUAUGGUCCUUUUCAACCCAGGCCAUUCUAUGAUUCCUGACUAUGCAGUUACAACUGCAAUAUAUACAAAACUGGCAGCACCACUUUAGCACCAGCAGUAAUACUGGCAGUGCUUGUGCUUGCCUUUACCAAACUCUGAAUAAGACAAGAAUGGCAUCUGUUGGUUUAAACUAACAGAUGAAACUGACAGGUCUCAAGAAAAAACAACGCAUGAAAAUCUGAUAUUCCACAGAGACAGGCAACUCACAUGUAGGAGAUCUCAGCACUUCCUCCUGCUGAAUGUUUAUUUCAGAUCUUGGAUGUAAAAUCUCAGGUGUCUAAUUUCAGAUUGUAAAUUCUCACUAGACAGAAUGCCAGUAAAGCACUUCAGUGCUGCCUAUUCAAGUCUCUUUAGUAUGUCUUUUAGUAUCACUCUAAAAUUAAUGCCUCCUAUUUAUUUCCAUGGAAAAUAUAACAGAUACAAAGAGCACAACAAUGUUAUUUGAUAGAGCAAAUCCACAGCUACAAAACCUUACUUUUUCAACACAGUUGAAACCACAAUUAAAAAUGCAUUUUCACCAGCGAUGACCAACAGCCUGCAUGUUGUGCUCAUAAUAAUCUGCACCAGCAGAUGUGAGCCACUGUCACCACUGCUGAAAUGCACCACCCACCACCUCACUGUGCUCACUGCCACUGUUUGGUCCCCAAACGUUCAGCAAGCAUCAGUGAAUGUCAGUAGGUGCAAAUGUUUCCGCAUGGAGGAAUUCAGUUACACCCCAUUGCUUCACACACACUUCCAUGCCAGACGUCAUUCUGUCUAACUGCCCCUCUGCUGCCAUCUAUCACACAGCAACAAAACGGGACAGAAUGUUGGUGGGAAGGUUCAGUCUGUACUACCAUACAACUGAUUCUGACAUUGUGGGUCAGCAAAAUAGGACGCAUUACUUUCGGAGCAACCCUCAUACGUUGAACCUUUCAACAGAUUUCCUUUCUAGCGCCUCUUUGAUGUAAUGAAAGACACAAAGGGACAAUAAGUAGCCCUCUUCUCACAGUUUACAAAGUGUUCAUCAGUGCAUCCUACUUAGCAAAUGCUACUUGCAGUUGCUGGUUUGACCAAGAGAUGGUACUAUCCGUACACACAGCCACUGCAGUGUGGUGAGGAAACGACCUGCUUACAUCUCUGAACCAAGAGAUUUUAGAAGUGGUUUAGAUAAACUAAACACAUAUACUGCAAAAGUGCAUUUAAAAAAUACUGAUCAGUGAAGAAAGUCUGAGCCUGAUCAAUGGUUUAAAACUUACACACACUUAAAGAGCAUGGAUCAGUAACUACAUACUGAUUACAGCUCUUUAUAAUAAAAAGUUCACAACAUUAACACUAAAGCCAUUUACAGUUGAUACAAAAAAAAAGGUGAAUAAUAAUAAUAAAAAAAUCACAUUAUUUUCUGGACAUCUCCCCACUGCCCACAGAGUCUUCCCUCAUUUCUGCAAAUCUGGUGACCUCCAUGUUUAGUAAUAAAAGUCAAAGUAGUCAAAGCUUGUCAUAAGUUAGCAACACACCCUUGCUGCAAAGAAGGCUAAUGGUAUCCUGGACUGCAUUAGGCAGAGCACUGCCAGCAGAUGGAGGGAUCCUUCCACUCUACUCAGCACUAAUAAGGCAACAUCCUGAGUACUGUGUCUGGUUCUGGGCUCUCCAGUACAAGAGAGACAUGAGACUACAGGUACAGUACAACAAAGAGCCACCAAACAACGAAGGCACAGGAGCAACUCACAUAUAAGGAAAGGCUUAGAGCUCUGGGGCUUCUCAGCUCAGAGAACAGAGGGUUCAACGUAUACAGACGCCUCAAGCAAGCACAUAAAGAAGACUGAGCCAGAUUAUUUUCAGUGGUAUCUACUGACUGAACGAGAGGGAAUGGGCACAAACCAAAAGAAAGGAGGUUCUGUCUGAACAUCUGAAAAUGCUUUUACUGUGAGGGUAGCUGAGCUAUGAAAAAAGUUGCCCAAAUAAGUUGCGGAACCUCUCACUUCAGAGAUAUCCAAAAGUCAUCUGGACACAGACCUGGACAGCUUCUUCAGCCUGGCCCUGCUUCAAAUGGGAGGGUUGGACAAGAUGACCUCCAGAGGUCCCUUCCAACAACAAUCAGUCUGGAAUUCUGUGAAUCUACAUCUAUAUGUUAUGUAGAUAUAUAUGUAUAUAUAAAUGAAUCACUAUAUUUACAGCACAGCCUCAAUUAUUUAUUACUGUAUAUAAUGAUAUACGUGCACAAUAUAUUAUAUUGUAUUUAAUAUACAUAGAAUUAAGGUUAUGCUGCAAGUAAGAGAUUUCAUAUUUACUUGCUUAAAUGCAUCAGAUAAGCUGCUGUAAAGUUUAAUACUCAAAUAAUAAGAAAAUUGGCAAGCUCACUGGACUAUAUUUAGCACCAGCUAUUGAGUAUAAAUCCAAAUCUCAUUCUGGAAUGAUUACAGCUACUUCUAAAUGCAUCACUGCAUUUGUAAGAGUUGGGUCCCUUUCUCUCACUGUACAUGCCUACACUAAUCUCUGCUUGCUAUUUUAUGUUCUUGUCAUUCAGUAUCUACAUUUUUCUUUACAACUUCCCCAAAGCUGCCACCUUCAUCUGUAUUACUUAGAAUAACUAAGCACGCUUUGCCACCUUUUUCCUGGUUUUCCCUAAAUUAUUCAUGAACUUGUAGAAGAUCAUGGACUUCUGCAAACUACUGGCGACUCGUUCCUCUGUGAAAAGUUUAUUAUUGCUGUCUUAUUUUCUGUCUUUUGACCAAUUAUUUAUCAAUACAGUGACCUCCCUUCCUUCCAUCUUACAGCAACUUUAAGAAUGAUCAUGUAUUUAGUCCAAGCCCUCCGUGUGAUGUUUUUGAAUAAUCUGCAUCACGCUGCAGAAAUUCUACUUCUCACUGUUUUUGCUUUUAGCAAGUUUCCUCAUUUAAUUGGCUUCACAUUUUUAAACUAGGCACAAGUGCACUGGCCAUACUGACUUUCUGUUUACUCACUAAAGGGUUUAGGAUCUAAGUACCUUACAGUCACUGGUAGAGAGCAGCUCUUCUUCAAGGCUAACUCAUAAAAGUGCAUUCUGUUCAUAGUUUAGGGCCGAGCUAAAAUUUGCAUUUCCUAUUCUGGGGUCUGUAACAUACAGUUCUUUGAAGAAGAGGUUUUUAAAGGUUUCACAUCAACUGUGGAAUUUAACUUUGUCCAUACCACAGAAAAGUCGCCCUUUCAGUUCUAACAUGGCCUGACAGAUAAGAGCCCUCAACUUCUGCACAGCAGGCCAGCAAGAUAAGCUGAAGGAGAAGGGACAACAUUACGACACACCCUUUAUAAAGAAACUAAGCAAACAACUUCGCAAGUAGAUUAUUUUUAAAGAAAGCUGAAGGAAGGAGACAUCACCCACCAGCUCAAGUGGAGCUGAAGACUGUCACCAUACAAGAGAAGGAGCCAUGGGCCAAGGUCUAAGCGUGAAAAAAUGUGAUCUUAAGAUCAUAAUGAACAACAAUAACCACCACACAGAAGAAAUCAGCACUGAAAGGCUUAUGGUGAGGCGGGGGCAGCCUUUCAUUAUCACAGUGAGCUUCUCAUCUCCAAUACACAGUUACCUGAAGCAGCUGAAAACGACCUUCCUCUCUGUACAGACAGGACCACAGCACUCUAAAGCACAUAAAACCCAGGUUAAGUUUCCCAUCUCCAGCCUGGGAGACCAGAAGCAGUGGAGCGCAAAACUAGAAGAACAGGACCCAUAUUGCUGGACCAUCUCUGUGAACACACCUGCCAAUGCUCCCAUUGGCCAGUAUGAUCUGUUUUUACAUGCCUCCAAGGCUCACUGUCUCCUGGGAAAAUUCAUCCUUCUCUUUAACCCUUGGUGUCGAGAUGAUGAAGUGUUUUUGCCUAAUGAGGCGCAGCGGCAGGAGUACAUUUUAAACCAAGAUGGUGUCAUCUACUGGGGGACUGAAAAUGAAAUCCUGGCACAGCCCUGGGACUUCGGACAGUUUGAUGUGGACAUUGUGGACAUCUGCUUCAGGCUGCUGGACAUUGGUGAAGGCUACCAACAAGACAAGGAUCAGACCCAGCGCAAGAACCCCAUUUACAUCUGCCGCACGGUUGCUGCCAUGAUGAACUGCAAUCUGUCUAGAAGAAUCCUGACAGACUCUGGGACCAGAGAAUGCUAUGAUGGGACAUCCCCUUCCAAGUGGCUGGGCAGCAGCUCCAUUCUCCAGCAGUGGGUUACACUGCAGUGCCAACCUGUUCGCUAUGGGCAGUGCUGGGUGUUUGCUGCAGUCAUGUGCUCAGUUCUGAGAUGCCUGGGAAUUCCCACUAGGGUUGUCACAGGCUUCACAUGGGCUCACAACACUAACAGCAACCCUAAUGUGAACGAGUAUUAUGAUGAAGAUGGGACGCUGCUUACACCUGACAAGAGUGCCCGUGUCUGGACUUUCCAUGUUUGGAACGAAUGCUGGAUGGCUCGAACAGACUUGUUACCAGAGUACAGCGGAUGGCAGGCACUGGAUGCCACCUGCCAGAAGAAAAGCAAAGGCCCUUCAUUUUGUGGGCCAGCUCCUGUUCAGGCCAUCAAGGAAGGGGACAUGGAAGUGGAUUAUGAUGUCUGCUACUUCUUUGCUGCCAUGAAUGCCAAGUGCAAGGUCUGGAUACACAAGGCAGACGACAUCCUCAAGCCAGCUUUCAUCUGCACAAAGUAUACUGGCAACAACAUCAGCACCAAGAGUGUGGGCAGUGAACGCUGUGAGGAUAUCACACACAACUACAAAUAUCCUGAAGGCUCUCUUCAAGAAAAAAAAGUACUUGUCAAAGCCUACAGAAAGAUAAAGACACUUCAGGCAAUCAGCAGCAGGAGAGAGAUUAUCUCUGUUCCUCCUGCCCAUGAAGAGCUUUUUAUCCACCUCCAGUCCAAGAGUUCUCCAAUACUGGGACAAGAUAUUCCACUUUCCAUUGAAAUGUUUAACUAUAGUGGUAGAGAAAAGGCUACACACCUGGUACUUGGAAUCCAGUCUCUACAUUAUAAUGGUGUUCCCAUUAUGCAACUUUGGAAGGAAAAAUUUAAUUUUAUCAUCAGAAACAAUGAAGUUAAAACCCUGCAAGUCUUUGUGCCUUACUCACGGUAUGGAAAAGAGCUGGGAGAGAACCGUCUGCUCAGGCUGACUGCCACGCUGAGAGAUGAGGACUCCUUCUACAUAUACUUUGCACAAGAAGAGAUUAGCAUCUGUGACCCGCCUCUGACUAUUGAGUUUCCAGAAAAUGUGGUACUGUACCAGCCAUCCACAGUGAAGGUCAGCCUCUUGAAUCCUCUCACUGAACCCCUGGAGAAGUGUGUGAUAGUGGUUGGAGGACGAGGGCUCAUUUACAGACAAAGGAAGUACAGGCUGGGUUCUGUGCAACCUAACAGCACUCAAGACUUGCAUAUCUCAUUCACACCUACUGAAACAGGGCCAAGAAGACUCACUGCACGCCUUACAUGCCUUCAAAUCCAGAACCUGAAGAGCUACAAAACUAUCAAUGUUGCAGCUGCAUGACGUCCGAUUUAGAACAGCUUCUGCUAUCCUGUUUACAAGGGUGGCCAUGAUCUAUGCCCUGACCUUUGGUGAGCACUGAUACUAAAAACUUAAAUAAAAUCAUAUUUAUAAUCCCACCUAUCACUAUAUCCACUCUCGGGUCUGGGAAGCUGAACUUUAUUGUGAAAAAGAUUGGCAAUGUGCUCAAGCAGAUACCGGGUUUCUGUGUGCAUUCCUGCUGAACACACCAGUGCUUAGUCAUUCUUUCUCUCCAGCAAAAAAAAACAAAAAACAAAAGACAUCCUGUAGAACUUCAAAGUGACAGAUGUAGCACUCCUCUAGAGAAAUUCUCUUAUCUCCUACAGAUUUUUGAAGUUGGUAAUACAAUAGGUAUUUUCUACCACUUUCUUAGGGAAUAGAAGAGAGGAAUAGCAUGCACUCAUCCUUAAGAUUAGACAGAAUAUAGUACUUUUUCUUUUUAACACUUCCUUUGGCUGACUGCAAGAGAAUGGAGAUUCUUUUCUUCUGCAUAUAUUCUCUGCCACAUGAAAAUAGAUGCAGCUAACGACACAAAUCUAGCAAUAUUUUAUUGUUCUCUGAACCCCACAGUAGCUGUAAUGUCUGAGAAACAGAACAUAUUCACAGCAUUAAAAUGAAGCACUACACCAUCCCAAGAGUCCAAGCAAAACAACAUCUUCUGCAACUGCAAAGAGGGAUUUUCUGGGCAAGUUUUGCCAGGCAGCAGUAAAGUUCCCUCUUAAAAACACUGUCCUCAUAAUUCUCCCUGUAGCUGGAGAAUGGCCAGAUUCACUGGAAGAGCACAUAUCAGAGCUAGUGGCAGUAACACAUGCGGACAC